AACACAGUUUUCACACCGGAAGUGAACGGCCACCACCGGAAGUAACAUAAUUCCGACAUUCAUCAUGGCGGCCUCCUUGUGUCAGUGUUACCAGAUGUGUAUAAGAAGAGGUUUGCUAGCAUCCCCUUCCUCUUACUUGCUSCUUUCAAACAGACCCAAUGUUUACAGGAUCCUCAGAACCUCUCCACAGGUGCCUCAGUUUCCCCUUCUUCAGGUAAGGUAUUUAUCUGGGGAAAAGGGGGGUGGCAGGAGGGGUUUCCUGGGGGAGUUUUUGAAUAACCUGAAACAGGAGUUGAACAAGAACAAAGAAAUGAAAGAAAACAUCAAGAAAUUCCGGGAAGAGGCCAAAAAACUUGAGGAGUCCGAUGCACUGAAACAAGCUCGAAGGAAAUAUAAAACUAUAGAAUCAGAAACAGUGAAGACAUCRGAGGUCCUAAAGAAGAAGUUGGGCAACAUUUCUGACACAGUGAAAGAGGGGCUGGAGGAGGUCAGCCGUACAGACAUAGGGAAGAAAAUCAAAGAGGGAAUGGAGGAAGCUGCCAAAACCGCUAAGACCUCUGCAGAAUCUGUCUCUAAAAGUGGAGAGAUGUUGGGAAAGACUGGAGCAUUCAGAGCAAUAUCUCAGGGGGUGGAGAGUGUGAAGAAAGAGAUCGACGAUCUCGGCCACACAGGCCCAUACAGGCCUCCCGCCAGGCUACGGAAGAGGACCGAGUUCUCCUCCAAGGGUGCAGCGGAUGACAAAAAGAUCUUCGAAGCCAACGAGGAAGCUAUGGGAGUGGUCCURCACAAAGACUCCAAAUGGUACCAACAGUGGAAAGACUUCAAAGACAACAAUGUGGUCUUUAACAGGUUCUUUGAGAUGAAGAUGAAGUACGAUGAGAGCGAUAACAUCCUAAUCAGAGCAUCACGCUCCAUCACUGACAAGAUGACCGACAUCAUCGGAGGGCUUUUCUCCAAGACAGAAAUGUCWGAGGUUCUAACAGAGAUCUUAAAGGUGGACCCAUCUUUUGACAAGGAUUCUUUCCUUAAGCUGUGCGAGCGAGACAUCAUCCCAAAUAUACUUGAGGCGAUGAUCAGAGGGGAUCUGGAAGUUUUGAAGGACUGGUGCUAUGAAGCGACGUACAGCCAACURGCACAUCCAAUUCAACAAGCCAAGGCCCUAGGAUAUAAAUUUGACUCUAAUAUUCUGGACAUAGARAGUAUUGACCUGGCCUUAGGUAAAAUGAUGGAACAGGGUCCGGUGCUGAUUAUAACUUUCCAGGCACAGAUGGUCAUGGUGAUUCGAAACACCAAGGGAGAGGUGGUGGAGGGAGACCCUGACAAAGUUAUCAGGAUGAUGUACGUGUGGGCUCUAUGUCGAGACCAGGAAGAGCUGAAUCCAUAUGCUGCCUGGAGGCUACUGGACAUGUCUGCUUCCAGCACUGAGCAAAUCCUCUAAACUCUUUGAUGUGCACAAAACACACCGAGCCUGAGGGGAGAACAUCCUGUUCUAGAUUGUGAAGAUGAAGGAGAGAAGAAGACCUGCAGAGAUCAGCCUCGUGGGCUUGUUUUACGGCCCAAACACUGGAGUAGUGUUGCUGAAUGCUACAGGUGCCUCUGUGUCUUUUUCCACUACUUUUGUCUGUUUUUGGGGUUGACCUUUGUAAGUUGUUUGUGACUGUUCCUCUAACUUCCACUAGAGGGCAGCAGAGCACCAACAAUAUUCACCUUGUGUACUUUUCUGCAGCUAGACCGUUGUUUCUGGCACUCAAAGAAGAAAUUAAAAAAUGAACUUAAGCAAAUAAAUUCUGACUUCUAUAAAAGARAUAUAAAUCCCUAAAGUUGUUUUAUAACCAUUUUUUUGUAUAUCUGGUUAAAAUACACAAUAUAUUUAAAACUGCAGCCCCAGCCUGUGUAAUCAGUCCCUCUGAUUUCUUGUCAUUUUAUUGACCAAUCUCCCAUCUUGAACAUCAAAUUACUCCUUUUUUUGUUUGAUAAUCAUUCAAUGUAAUUAAUAAACUGUCAGUAAGGCUAUA